AUGGAGAGCCCGGGCUCUGGCGCUCGCUGCCCGGUGCAAGAGCAGCGAGCCCGUUGGGAGCGGAAACGCCUCCGCACCGCUCGGGAGCUGCUGGAGAGCGAGCGGCGCUACCAUGAACAGCUGGGGCUGGUGGCCACGUACUUCUUGGGGAUCCUGAAAGCCAAGGGGACUGUGCCACCACCAGAGCGCCAGGCCCUGUUUGGGCCCUGGGAGCUCAUCUACGGCGCCAGCCAAGAGCUGCUUCCCUACCUGGAAGGAGGGCACUGGGGACAAGGGCUAGAGAGCUUCUGCCCCCACCUGGAGCUCUACACCCAAUUUGCUGCCAACGCAGAGAGGUCCUGGACCACCCUGCAGGAGAACCUAAAGAAAAACAAACGCUUCCGGAGGUUCGUGCAGCUUCAGGAAGGCCGCCCUGAGUUUGGGGGCCUUCAGCUCCAAGACCUGCUCCCUCUGCCUCUGCAGCGGCUCCAGCAGUAUGAGAAUCUCGUCGUUGCUUUGGCUGAAAACACAAGUCCCAACCGCCCUGACCACCAACAGCUCACACGGGCUGCCCGGCUUAUAAGUGAGACUGCCCAGAGAGUCUACAUCAUUGGUCAGAAACAGAAGAACGAUCAGCACCUCCGGCGUGUCCAGGCUCUGCUCAGUGGACGCCAGGCAAAGGGGCUUACCUCAGGGCGGUGGUUCCUACGCCAGGGCUGGCUGUUGGUGGUGCCUCCCCAUGGGGAGCCUCAGCCUCGUAUGUUCUUCCUCUUCUCUGAUGUGCUCCUCAUGGCCAAGCCUCGACCUCCAUUGCACCUGCUGCAGAGUGGCACCUUUGUCUGCAGGGCCCUCUACCCCAUGGCCCAGUGUCAACUCCACAGGGUCUUUGGCCACUCAGGAGGCCCCUGUGGUGGAUUGCUCAGCCUGUCCUUCCCUCAUGAGAAGCUACUGCUUAUGUCCACAGACCAGGAGGAGCUGUCACGCUGGUACCUCAGUCUGACUUCAGCUAUCAGCAGCCAGAAGAAGUAGAGGAAUCUUAAAAAUUCCAGAAUUCGGGAUACUUCAGG